AUGGCCAAGCUUCUUACAGUGUUUCAAGUGCGCAUGCUGCAACUCGUGGCCCUAGGCAAGUCAGGUGUCGUCUUCGCCAUGGGUAACGCCAAGUACCAUCAGGGUUUGUCGCCAGACACGCCCAAUGGAACGCGGCGCAAGGCUGAAUUGCUUCUGGCCUGUCGGCGCUAUGGCGUGGAUGUUGCGAGUCAUGCUUUGAAGAAGACCAUUUGGGCUCGACUCAAACCUGUGUAG